UGUUUGCGUUAACUUCUUCCUAGGGUUUGCUCCAUCAUUAUUCAUUUCUGUUUGUUGCAGAAAUUCUUAACUCAGUUAAGUCCUGUUGACUAUUAUUCACAGUAUUCAAAAGAUUAAAUUAACUUGCAGUGGGAACUUGGAUUAGUUUUAGUGAUGCAGUGGGUGUUGAAUACUUUUUGAUGAUGCUAAGGUAUUGAAUAUUGAUAACAGCAAUAUUAUGCCGUCGGUUCGGCGUUUUUCCAGAAUCGAUACUUUCAAGCUGAAGGUUCAGAUCGAAAAGAGGCUCGGUUCACAAAAGGCUGACAAGUACUUCAAUCUAGUCCCCAGGUAUUUAAGUAUUAAGCUCGGGAAAUCAGAGUUUGAUAAGCUUUUUAUCGGUUUAAUAGGUCGGGAAAAUGUUCGCCUUCACAAUGAACUGAUCAUAGCUAUUGUGAAAAAUGCUGCUCUUUCGAAAAUACCUUCUCAGAAACGUGUGAAGAGUGAUGGUCCUUUGCCUUUAAAGGUCCCUAACGGGACCCAUCCGGUGACUGAUCUUCAGUCUCUAUGUGCGUUUCCUCGGUCCCCUAGGAAAGUACGAACACCGAAUCUUCGUGAAAGCAAGUUUAAGGACCGAACGGUUCCUUUUUCCCAACAUUUGGUAACGACAAAAGUUCAACAACAACAACAAAGUGCUACUGAGUUGUUUUCUUUAGGUAGCAAACCGCAACUUGAAGUUAAUUCUGUUGAAGAUGGGGAAGAAGUUGAGCAGGAUGCAAUAAGUCCCGGUGUUUAUAGUAGAAACCCCGUUAGUGCGCCAUUUGGCAUCACAAUCCACUAA